AUGCACCGAAACCUCGCCUCUUUGCUGGUGGUCCUGGCAGCUUCUUUCCCUGGACAGGCCUCCGAGAUCCCGCCUCUUACGGGCAGCUAUAAUGUCGGAGCGAGCAAGCAUGUCAUAGACUUUUACAAUCCCAAAGAUCCAUUCGCGCCGCACAACAUCAGCACCGGGUUCAUGGCGACACUAUUCUAUCCGACACUUCAGCGGCCCUGCAGCUCUUGCAGACCUUACCUACAGCCCGAGACGGCGGGCCUCAUGGAAAAAGCUUGGAACUUCACUCAGGGCACUCUUGCUGCCAUGACCACCGCACACGUCCAAUGGGAUGCGCCAUGGCUCCCGCUGAAGGAGACGCGGUUGCCAAUGCCGACGCUCGUUUUUGGCCCUGGCGGCGGCGGCCCUCCGGUCGAAUGCUACACCAUGAUACUCACGGAGCUGGCAUCUCGCGGGUACAUCGUCGCAGGCCUCGACCACCCCUUCGAGCAGCCCUUCAUCCGUUGGCCCAACGGCACCGGCCAGUACGGCCUUCCUGCAGACUACGAUGGGAUCGAUGAAAGGUUGUACGGUAUCAUGCACGAUAUGCGCGUGAACGAGACCUUGCGGUUCGUCGAGGCCUGGCCCGAGUUGGCCCGCAGUCUCGGCGUCCCGCACGCCAAUCACGCGGGAUUCCUGGAGAGCACGGCCGUGGGUGUCUUUGGCCAUUCGCUCGGGGGUGCGGCGGCCAUAGGCGCCGCCGCGCGGGCGUCUCACCAGGUCAUCGCGUCGGCGCUUAGCUUGGACGGGGGUGUGUUGAACAAGACCGAUUUGGCGCGGCCGGUUAUGAACCUGGGCCAGCAGGCGACCGUGGACCCUUCUUUCAACCCGGAGUGGACUGAGUUUGCGCGCCUGCAGACGGGCUGGAUGCGUGCGUUCAGCGUCGAGGGGACGGAGCAUCACGACUUUGACGACGGGGCCUUCUGGAAGCUGUCUGGCGGGACGAGCUUCGGGGCGAUCGACGGGAUGCGGCAGCUCGAGCUCAUGAACACCUACCUGGCGACAUUCUUCAACGAGACGAUGGUGAGGGAGGGAGGUGGCCUGAAGGACUCGAUUCUGGAGGAAGAGACGCCCGAAUGGCCGGAGGUGCACAUUGUCCAGAGAAACAGGUAA